GCGCCGCAGCUUCAUCAGCUAGCCAUGAACUACAACUACAACAACAGCUACAACUACAACUACAUCUGCAGCACCACCAGCCCCAACAACAACAGCAACCACAGAAGCAGAAACAACGAAGGCAGAGAACAGGACACGCAGCAGCAGCAGCAUCAGCAGCCACAUCAGCAACCAAUGCAGGCGGCACUGAGGACGGCGAGCUUUAGCUCCAGCUCCAGCUCCAGCUCCAACGCCAGCAGCUCCACGUCCACAUCCAAGACGAGAGCAGGAAUAACGUCGUUAAUCUAUUUACCGCCUUUCUGCUAUCCAUGUAAGCAUGUGCCUGCGGCCGGCACCACGACUCGGAGUCGAAGCCAGACUUUGAGCCAUGGCAGCGGGAGUUGCCAGGACAGCAGCUGCUGCUGUCCGCCCGGCUGGGAACAUAAAAAUUAUGAUAAACAUGCUUCAGCGGCGACGUUGACACCAGCAACGGCGGCAGCAGGAGCAGCAGGAGCAGGAGGAACAACAACUGCAACGGCAAGCAUCAUCACCACAACAGGACCCGCAGCGGCAACAAUGUCCUCCUCGUGGUCUGGUGAAUUCCUGCUGCCGGGUAUUCAGUUACCCGUGGCCGCAGCGGGGCAUAGCUGCACCGAUCUCCGGCAGACGUCGCAAUUAGUUAUGCCCACUGUUGCUAGCGGGGAUGUGGUGGCAGUGGACGCAGAAGGCGGCGUCUUGGAAUGCGGCAAGCGAUGCUGGCGACGUGAGCGAAUCCGGCGCGAAGGACCAAGUCAUGCGUCUGCGGCGUCGCUGGCCCAGGUAAAUCCAAUCAGCACAAGCAACAGCACCAGCAUCAGCACUAGCCCAGCAACAACAAUAGAUGGAGCAUCGGGAGCAGGAGCGGUGGUUACGACGACCGCUCACAAUUCGCAAACAACGACAAAAACAACGGCAAGGGGCACAACUGGUGCUGCAUUGCCGCAUGAUGAAGAGAAUGAGAAUGAUGAAUGUAGGUGCUUUAACUAUAACGGUGAUAUUAGUCUGGAUCGGCGGGGCGAGGCCGCGGAACUUUCCGGCAUUACGUGGCUGAUGUUCUUGUGGCAGCAUCUGCUGCCGGGCAACGGAAACAACACCCCCAAACUCAUCCGCGCCCACACCCACACCCACGAAUCCAGCUUCCCAGCGGGGACGACAACGAAAACAGCAAGGAGCAGGAGCUGCGCCAUGACGUCGACAAAAAGUUGGCUGGGACCGCUGCUAAUGCUGCUCUUGGCCACGUCCGUCAGCGGCUGGGGCGGUCGACAAGAUGCGCCCACAAAUUGCACAUUUCCGGCGAGAUGGGAGGGCUCCUGGUUCCUGUCCGGCUAUCAGCAAUCCAUACACAUCAAGGGCUCCCAGUUCAGCUAUCGCGGCAGGUGUGCGGCCUCCGAUGGUAACAAAUAUCUGAUUGUCGACGAGAAAGGAUGUCAUCGUUGCCUGGUUAUCUAUGAGAAGCAUAAAAAUGUGCUCCAAUAUAAAGAAAGUGAGUGCGAAGGUGAUAGUAUGUAUAUGCAUCAGUCGAACCCAUCUGCACUGGCGAUGCGUAGCUCUAAUAAACAAAGUGAUCAUAGGGGGGGAGCUCAUCCCAAUACGAACGGGCAUUCAAGACUAUCUUCAUCGGAUCAGUACAUAAUGAGAUCCAAUGACGAUAUGAAUGAUUGUCCCCCAGACUUUUGCAAGGGCCGUGAGACUUUACAGAAUCUCUGCGACCAGAUUCCGGGCGAUGCCCUGCUCUACUCGCUUUUCCGGGAGAGCGCCGAGCCGGUCAAGUGUCCGCUCAAGGGACCCUUCAUCUUCACGUACAAUCGCGGGCACGGGGAGUGCAAGUCGCCGGUGUCCAACAUUGAGAGCUGCACGGAGGAGAGCCGCCUCCUGUUGAGCUUCCAGGCCUGUCCCGAUGUCCAGGGCACCGAGAGUACGGUCGAGGAGCUGACUUGCCUGGCAACCUGGAAGGACGGCAACUCACGCUACUUGGUCGGUCUCGUCUCGCACCAUCACGCCAUUUCGAACGAGGAGCGCUACCGCUGCUUUGUCUACGAGAAAAUCUCCUCGCUGAUGGGCGGACCCAGUAUGCUCAGCUCCAAGGAUGCCGAAUAUAAGCUGGCCCAAUCCGGCGACGCCACUUGCAAUGGCUUAGACAGUGCCGAGGUCGGCUCACGUAUCAUGUCGCUGCGAAAACCGCCCAUCGCCGAGCGCUGCGACUUCCCGGCGUGGUUCAAGGGACCCCGCCACUGGCAUGCCCUCAUGGGCAAUGCCGUCUACAAUUAUCAUUCCAACGACGGGUCCGUGCACAUUAUUAAGCCCAACGGCUAUAUGGAGACACGUGCGCUGUGCGAGCAAAUAAAUAAACAGACGCCGACAGAAAUGAUGGCCGUGGUGCACUACACCACCGGGUGCCAAUCGGGAUUCAUGUGCAUGAUGUUCUACCGCCGGGACACGUUCGUCAUCGAGAUACAGACCGGCAAGCCUGCCAUUCGCCUGGAGGAUGCCUGUGCACCGGAUCACUUUGACAUCAAUAAGAUGGCCUACAUUACCUUGCUGGCAAGCAAUCCGGACUUGGCCAUUUGUCCCAUGGAGGGCAUCUACUCGCUACGUGGCGCCAUCGGACCGCCGUACCUGGCCACGCGCCACAAGCGCAAUCACAACGGAAAAUCGCAUCUGGGCCAUGGACAUCACCACCACGAGGGCGCUGACUCGGGAAAUUUCGGACAUAAAGGACACAGUUCGUUGAGCUUCCGAAACGCGGAGCGCAUGGAGCGCGGCUCCUGGCAUGCCAAUACCCGAGGCCUGCCCGUUCGUAGUCGCCGCAACGCACCCAAGGAUCCGCAGGAGCAUCAGCAGCAGCAGCAGGAGGCGUUGGUGCUGGAAAAGGUCAACAGCAGCGAUACAAGCGUGGGAUUCGUGGCCACGCGGAAUAGACGUGAUGUUCCCGGCUGUGUGCCCAACUACAAUGCCCAGCGGCAGCUCUGGGUGGGCUGUACGGCGGAGAACUUGAUAGACGUUAGUCCGCUGUGCAGCGUGGAUGGUGAAGAGGAGUACUCCUGCCACGGAUCCUGGAGCGAAAACAGCACCUUCUACAUCAUAGCGCGCCACAAGGGCAGCAAGCACGGAGUGUGCCUGACCUAUCGACCCACGGAGGGCACGGCUGCCAAGUUGGUAGUGGGCGAUGCCUGCUAUCGCGGCACUCAGAAGCCGCCCGAUCACCAUUUGGAGGCCAACCUGUCUGUUUUGGGUAAAUGUGGCGAAACUGGCGCCAGUGCCGCACAAGUUCAUCUGGCCAACUGGCUGCUCCUGGUGGCGAUGGCGAUGGCGUCAUGGCUUCAGCUGCACAGCUGAGGGACAACAAGUGGCAGGAACUACAAGUAGACACAUGUGGGCACCUAAGCGUGACAAGCCAAAGCGCUACGUAUACAUCACCCCGAAACCAAAUCCCAUUAUGAUCGACAUGUAUACAAGACACAUCUAAGACUUAUUGUAUAUUUCGUGUAGUAUGUGUAAGGCGAAAUCGAACCACUUCGCGCUGGUUUGGCUGUAUAUAAUGUAUUGUUUUUUUCUUUAGUAAUGAUACACACUUUUGUUUAGUUCUAAGUGCUUAAAAUAAACGAGAUUUCGAUAAUUAAGACACGCAGGAGCACACAAUAUGGAAAAUGGUUUGCAAUACAGCCUUAGGUCAGCGCUAUUUGUAUUAGGCCUAGUAAAACGCGUCUAUUACUAAAAGUAGCGCCACUAUUAACGCAAGUAUGCUGCAAAUGCUAUUAAUUUAUAGUAUAGCAUUUAGAACAUAAAACCAACCAGAGAAAAGACAUCAGAACUAUACGAACACAAGCUAAAAGCUUCUUCGUUUUGUUUUUAGAAAUCAUCUUGUAGUGUGUUGUACGACAUGUAUUUUUUAUAUAUAAUUUCCGAAAUGUUUCCUACAACAAAGUACAUAUGAGAUGCAGGACAAAGCCAGAACAUUUUAAACUAUACAAUAUAAAUGUGAAAUGUAUUCGGAGAAAGUCCGAUUUCGCGAUGCUUUCAAAAUGUACAAACAAGCAAAUGGCCGAUGGUUGGCCACUCCAUGAUUAUUACGCUGCGUGCAGCUCAGCAUAAAUAAAUAUGGCAUAAAUAAACAAUAUAUUUUUAUGUACAAAAACGCAAAAUCGUGCAUACAUACAUACAUACGAGUAUAUAUAAUGGAUAACGUUUUGCAUAGGAUCGCAUUGGUUUCAUAAUACAUAAUUAAUACCUUGCAAAGUACGCAUAUAUUGUAUGAUUCAUUGUAAUAGUUAUAUAUACUGGCAAGCAUACACACGUAGGCAUGUAAGGAAAGUGAGAGAUUCGAGCAACUUUAAUAAGUAGAGGCACACCACUUUCAUAAUCAAUCAACUAACUUUGUAAGACACAAACAAAACAACACAACACAAAAACAAAGAUGAACUCACGACUCAACCAAACGAAUGGAGAACAGAUGGUGUCAGGUCGGUAGCGAAGGAUGCUAAAAUAAUUAGAGUGUUUAAGACAAUUAAGCGGUGAUAUAGGUCUAGAAUAAAGAACUGUGUAAAUCUCUGAUAGAAGCACAACAACGGACUGCGUUUGCAGUUGAGAAACAGAACAAACAGACAACAUCUGCUAGGGUUUGAGCGAGGAAUUAAUGAUGAUCAAGUGUAUCCAAAGGAUUUCAAAAACUAGCAUUUUUCUCUCGAUGUAGUAAGCAAUCAUUUUGCGCAAAUUCCAAAACGAAAACCUAAGCGAACUAAUAACGAGUAUCGUAACGAGUAACCAAUUAAGGAGUAGCCAGGACUUAAGCAGAGAGAAGAGACCCCUUCAAGGCAACUAGUCAAAAUUUAUGAAGCGUAACUUUGAGUUCCAUGUAAAUAGCGAAUGUAAUGCGAAUUGACCCCGGUACGCGGUACGGUGUGUGUAUACAUAUGUAACUAAUUCCUAGUUAGCUAAAGGACGAAAGGAUUGUGGCUAGGGAACCGACGACUCGGCGGGCAGGACACCGAUACGCGCAGUGGCGUACGGAUGAGUAAGAUAUGGGUUACUUUCUAAAUACUAUGUAUACAUUCAGCAACACUUAUAUAGAAAUACGAAGAUAAUGAAUCAUAAACUCGAACAGCAGGCCGACACCUAAUAGUGAAACGGAAAUACCGAAGCGGAACCGGAAACAGGAAGGCAGAAGCAGCAGCACACCAUAUCGUUGUGGCCAGACAAAUCAGUAGUCGAGAUGAGAUGUACAAAUGAUGUACAAUGAUGAUCGGACGAAGUGGCAGACGCUGUGCUUGAACAUUUUUUUGAGUGUACCUCUCUUUAAAUAGGCAUUUCCAUUUGUUGUCAGCUUUUAAAACGUAAAUACGAGCAUAUUAAAUAAUAAUAAAAGCAUUUUAAAGAAGAAAACCGCAGACACUUGAGUCAAACGAAAUAUCGAAUAAUACUUCAAGUCAUGGGACAGUUUUAAAGCCCAUCCUCCAUCAGCCAGGACUCAAAUUCCAUUUGGUAGCCGCUUUUCUGGUUUAUUUUGCAAUUGUUAAACUGAGACACUUUACUGUCCCCUCCUCCAUCCAUUCAUCCAUUCCCCUCUUCGAAUUCUGAAUCGGCUUCAGGAUCCAGCCUAAGUUGUCUACUUAGCGUGUUAUUGAUGUUCCAAACGGUCUCCACAAAUGUAUUCGAACGUUUCUAAAAACUGCUAUCUAAUUAAACGGAAAACCAAACAUACAUAAAUCCAAACCAAGCAAAAACAUAUUUUUGUAAAUAGACAAAUCAACGCUUGAAUUUUUAUCCAGUUUUUGUGUAUGGCCAACUGCAGUCGACUUAUGUGUGAUGGGCGGCCGCUUCAGCUUGUGGGCGUGGCUGCUCCAUUUGAGUGUGAACGCUAAGCAUUAGAAAUAAGUGAUUUUUAUAUUCAAUGCGAUUUUAUAAAUAAUUUUAAUUGUCUAUUUUAACGGGUGAAGCAAGCAGAAAGGAAAUGAAUGUAAUUAUGCCGUCGGUUUAGUUCAUGUGUGUGAAGAAAUAUGUAUGCAAUUUUCGUCAAUAAUUGAAUGUUUUGAAUACUGUGUUCUUACCUUGUUUGGAUUUGUUUUUUAAGCUAAUAUAAAUACAAAUACAAACUAAUUAAAAAUAUA